AUGGAGUUCUCUCAAGAUGAUUUCGAUCGGUUACUGUUAUUCGAGCACACGCGGAAGACCGCUGAAGCAAACUACGCGGAGAAUCCUCUUGACGCUGAUAAUCUGACCAAGUGGGCGGGAGCUUUGAUCGAGUUGUCGGCAUUUCAGAGUCCUGGGGAUUCCAAGGCGAUGAUUGAUGAUGCCCUUUCAAAGCUGGAGGAGGCUUUGCUGAUCAAUCCAAAGAAGCACGACACUCUUUGGUACCUGGGAAAUGCACACACGUCGUAUGCAUUUCUAACCCCCAAUGUCAGUGAGGCAAAGGGUUAUUUUGACAAGGCACAUGAAUAUUUCCAGAAAGCUGUGGAUGAGGAUCCAGAAAAUGAUCUCUAUAGAAAGUCCUUGGAAGUUGCUGUGAAGGCUCCUGAACUACACAUGGAGAUCCAUAAUAAUGGGUUUGGUCCAAUGAAUAAUGCGGGAUCUUCUGCUACUUCAAAGGGAAAGGAAUCUAAAAGGCAGAAGAACAAUGACUUCAAGUAUGACAUAUUUGGAUGGAUUAUUCUUGCAGUGAGUAUAGUAGCAUGGGUGGGAAUGGCCAAAUCUAACAUUCCCCCGCCACCUCCUAGAUAA